UGGGUGCAAAAUUUUUCUUGAGACAUAAUAGGAGAAUUUUACAUCCGCCCCAUUAUAAUAUAAACAAAUUACGUCACGAGAAAUCGGUCUAUUUACUAGCGAUAUUGCGACGAAUAUAUUCGGUGUUUACAACUUUUAAACGAACACGAACGCCGAUAUUUUCAAUCAGAGCAAAGCUUUUGGUAUUAAAUUUAUCCACAUAACGUUCUCCAUUUAUAAAAAAGGGCUGAGGAAACUAUUAUCCACAAGGGGAAAACAUUUAGUAGCCAAGCUCUAAUAAAGCGUACAUAUGGCGUCUCGUAAACGACCGUAUCGACAUCGCGUUUGGUGCGAGGAAUGCAGCAAGGAAAUUGACAGUGAUUAUAAGGAGGUCCACUUUCGACGAGUUCACAAUAAUGAAAAAGUUAAGUGUCAUCGAGUGAUGGAUUCAUCGGAUUUAUCGCAGUCAAAGAUCAGUGGUUUCUUUGUAAAAAGUAACAUGACAACCAAGGAUGAUAACCUAACCUUACAGGAAACAGAAUCGAGUGCUAGUAAAGAUUUAGCAGCCACUGGGUCUUUUGAGGAAAAUCUACCUGAGAUUAAUUUGAAGGAGCCCAUAAGCGAAGACCAAACGGAACCAAUGAGAACGUUUAUUGAUGUUGAUGAAUUAAAUCCACUGACGCAGUUCAGAGAAAAUAAAGAAUUGAAUACGGUCACGGAUAAUGAAAAUCUUACUUCCAGUGACGCACUGUUCAUCGAAGAAUUUAACUUAAAUCAAAAUAUACAACGCGUUGCAACACCAGAAUCAACGACGACGUCUAACACUCUAGACACAACAGCAAUACAAGAUUUAGAUUCAACAGCAUCUGUUCUAAAUGAACAGACUAGAAAGGUUUCCUUAACAGUAUGA